AUGACUCUUAAAAGAAAUUAUCCGUCUGGAUUCGCAAAAAGGAAAAAGAAGCAAAGAGUCGAAAAAUUAGUCGAGAGUCAAAGAGGAGCUAUUAAUAAAUUCUUUACGGGUGGCAAACAAACAGAACAAUCAGUUGAAGACUUGAAUAGUGAAGAAUUUGAAACUUUGGUGAAUAAUGAGAAUGAAAAUUUGGUGGAUAAUGAGAAUGAAAAUUUGGUGGAUGAAGAAGGAAAUGGGGAAUUUGGGAGUACAAAAGCCAAUCAAGAUGAUGAGAUGAAUAUAGAAUAUUCGAUUGCAAAAAGUGAAGCUAAAUCCCUGGUAACUCAUGAACUUGAAACUUUUGAGUUCUUGUUUAGUAUUGUAAUUUGGUACAAUUUGUUGUUUCAUGUGAACUCUGUUAGCAAGCUUCUUCAAAGUGAAGAUAUGGAUAUAGCAGUUGCUGUAAAGCAGCUAGAUGGGCUUGUUAAGUAUGUUGCAAUGUAUAGAGAAGUUGGUUUCAUGGAUGCUAUGGUUGAAGCUAAAGAAAUGGCAAGUGAAUUGGGAAUUGAACCUACAUUUGUUGAAAAGCACAUCAUUUCUAGAAAGAAACAAUUUGAUGAGAAUGUUAGCGAAGAAGUGACGUAG